ACGUAUACAUUUAUUAGAAUUGCUCGGGAUCGUAUAUGGAUCGUAGUAAGAAUAAUAGUUUAGAGUUUGGUAAUAAUACAACAGCGUCGGCGGCUGCUGCUACCGCAAUGUCAGCUCCUUGGGCGAAUAAUAAGGAAUCGUCAGCGCAGCCAAACGAGGAUGAUUCGCCGGAAGAUGAUGCUGAUACCGCCACGCCCGCCAAAGUCACCGAUCCGCUAGCGCCCAAGCUGGCCAAUAAUGAGCGCGUUCUGAUCGUCUCCGUCACCGAACGCAACCGUGAAACGUGGAGUCAAAAGGCGGAGUUCCUAUUGGCCGUUAUUGGUUUUGCCGUCGAUUUAGGUAAUGUUUGGCGUUUUCCUUAUAUUUGCUAUCAGAAUGGUGGCGGUGCUUUCCUUAUACCCUACUGUGUGAUGUUAAUAUUCGGUGGCCUACCGCUCUUCUAUAUGGAAYUGGCUUUGGGGCAAUUUCAUCGUUGUGGUUGCUUAAGCAUUUGGAAGCGCAUUUGYCCGGCUUUAAAAGGUGUCGGUUACGCCAUUUGCCUAAUUGAUGUUUAUAUGGGCAUGUACUACAACACGAUAAUCGGUUGGGCGGUUUACUAUCUAUUUGCAUCGUUCACAUCAACGCUACCGUGGACGUCUUGUGGCAAUUCGUGGAACACCAAUAGUUGCAUGCCAGUGACGAACGAGAAUUUCACGGAGAAGGCGACCACACCAGCCAAGGAGUUCUUCGAACGCAUGGUMCUCGAGCAGUACAAAUCGGAUGGCCUGGACUAUAUGGGUCCCAUUAAGCCCACAUUGGCUUUAUGUGUAUUCGGCGUAUUUAUUUUGGUGUACUUUUCGCUGUGGAAAGGUGUACGCAGCGCUGGCAAGGUUGUGUGGGUCACAGCAUUGGCGCCAUAUGUGGUGCUUUUCAUAUUAUUGGUGCGCGGCGUGUCGCUGCCAGGCGCAAUGGAGGGCAUACGGUAUUAUCUGACGCCGGAGUGGCACAAAUUACAGAACUCUAAGGUUUGGAUCGAUGCCGCCUCGCAGAUAUUCUUUUCGCUUGGUCCCGGUUUCGGCACAUUGCUCGCUUUAUCUAGUUACAAUAAAUUCAAUAACAAUUGUUAUCGAGACGCGUUGAUAACGAGUAGUGUUAACUGUUUGACAAGCUUUCUGGCGGGUUUCGUGAUAUUUUCUGUAUUAGGCUACAUGGCACAUGUGCAGAAGACCUCAAUCGAUAAGGUGGGCCUAGAAGGUCCUGGUCUUGUGUUCAUUGUCUAUCCGGAGGCCAUAGCCACAAUGAGCGGCUCAGUUUUCUGGUCCAUUAUAUUCUUUCUUAUGCUCAUCACAUUGGGUUUGGAUAGCACAUUCGGCGGUUUGGAGGCUAUGAUAACCGCGCUCUGUGAUGAAUAUCCACGCGCCAUUGGGCGACGCCGCGAAAUCUUUGUGCUGCUACUUUUGGCUUGCAUCUACCUGUGCGCACUGCCGACUAUGACUUAUGGCGGCGUGUUUUUGGUUAACUUCUUGAACGUUUACGGACCCGGUCUGGCUAUAUUAUUUGUGGUAUUCGUGGAAGCGGCUGGCGUUUUUUGGUUUUACGGCGUCGAUCGUUUCUCCGAAGAUGUGGAACAGAUGUUAGGCAUUAAACCGGGAAUUUUCUGGCGCAUCUGUUGGACUUAUAUAAGUCCAGUAUUUUUACUGGCCAUUUUUAUAUUCUCCAUACUCGGCUAUGAGGAAAUGUUGGGCGAGGAAUACCAGUACCCCGAAUGGAGCAUUAAAGUCGGUUGGGCUGUCACCUGCUCUUCGGUACUCUGCAUACCGAUGUACAUCAUUUACAAGUUCGUAUUUGCGUCCAAAGGUGAUUGUCGCGAGCGCUAUCGAGACGCCUUCAAAGUGCCACCGCAUUGUGGCUCAGUAUUGCCGGGCCAACAAGGCACCACAGUGUGACAUGAUUCAGAAAAAUCAAUG